AUGGAGCAGGAGAACAGUCUCAUUGCCAAGACUGCGAUCGUCCAGUUUGUCAACAACUACGCCGUUCUCUGCUACGUUGCGCUCCUCAUGCAAGGCUUGGAAGGCUGCGAUAUCAGCUGCAUGCACGAGCUCGAGUAUAUGGUCGCCAUCGUGUUCUGUUCUCAGCUGUUCGUCGGCAACAUUACCGAGGAUACCAUCCCGCGCUUGUUCAUGUACAUGAGUAAGUAUCGCCUACUCGGUCACUUGGACGACUACAAAAAAUCUGACGCUGAGCGCGAGCUCUUCAUGGCCCAGUAUGACUGGCAUGACACGUUCGAUGACUACAUUGAGAUGGCGCUUCAGUUUGGCUUCACGACUACAAUGUUCGUCGUGGCCUUCCCCUUCACGCCUCUGCUAUCGUACGUAAACAACUACUCUGAGAUUCGUCUGGACGCAUAUCGCUUGAUUUUCGGGUCGCGGCGCCCCCGCCCACGCAAUGUGCGCGGCAUGUUCCUGUUCAAGUACUUCCUUGAGGUGUGCAUCGAUAACGUGACGGUGCAAAAGUACCGCCAGGAAUAUCAGCAAGUGUCUGUUCGACAUGCCCGACGACGACGUCAAUUGUCCGAUCAGCGACAGAACAUGCUCACGAUUGAUGACGAAGACGCUUCGUGA